AUGGGUUCGCAGUCAAAGCCUCUCAUACUGGUAAAGAAGCCAAAGCCGCAAGCAGUAGUUAGAGAUUGGAUCAGUGAAUUACCUGAUGCAGUUCUUUGUCACAUACUUUCCUUCCUUCCAACCAAACUUGCUGUGAGAACCAGCAUUCUGUCUUCAAGAUGGAAGAACAUAUGGGCUUCUGUUCUCAAUCUAGACUUCGACGACGAACACAAUCCCUGGAUAGAGAGGGAUGACUCUUUCUCGAUGUUUGUCGAUCAUGUACUUUCCUUUCGUGACUCAGCCGACAUUCAUAAGUUUCGUCUUCGUUGUUCCGGUGUUGAGGAUUUCUCUCGUAUUGAUGGUUGGAUUCGCACUGCUAUUGACCUUAAUGCUGUUGAAUUUGAUCUUCGUGUUCACUCCAAUGGCCAGAUUUUUGAGUUGCCUCAGAGCUUUUUCAUGUCCACAACACUGGUGGUUUUGAAGCUAAAUUCAGAUUGUCUUAGAUAUGUUCCUCCUAAGUCAGGGUGUUUCCCAAGUCUCAAGUUCCUCCAUGUUACAGACUAUUAUCCUCAUUAUGAAUCAAUGGAAAAGUUUUUUUCUUGCUGCCCUGUACUUGAAGAUUUGACUAUAGAUGGAGUUGUUGAACAUGAUGCAGAUGUUUACAUCUCUGCGCCUGAAUUGAAGACAUUAAGAAUAAGUUUAAGUGGUGAAGAUUUUUCUCCUCAGAACACUUUUUCUAUAAAUGCUCCAAAGCUUGAAAAACUUGAUGUCAUGGAGGAUCGUUUGUCAAAUUACAUUGUGAAGAAUGCGAAGUCCCUGGUCAAAGCCAUUGUUAAUCUCUAUUCACAUGAUUCAUGUUUACAUUGUGACUUCUCUAAGCUUUCAAGUGUGCUUCUGGCAGGAAUUUCCAAUGUUAAGUAUUUGUCUCUUUCAGCUCAUUCGUUGAAGGCUUGUAGUGUGCCUGCUUUUGAUAAUUUGAGCGAAUUGAAGCUGGUUCUUCAUAAUUGCUACGAUUGGGAAUUGCUAACAGAGCUGCUCAAGAGAUCACCUAAUUUGGAGUAUCUUGUCUUAGAACAUAAUGAAGGUGCGUGUAGUAUAUACUCAGAGGAUGAAGAAUACUCGGAGGAUGAAGAAUACUCAGCGGAAUACUUCGACCAUGAAUGGAAUACACCAGAGACCGUGCCUGUUUGUUUGUCCACCCACCUCAAGAGUAUCACCAUAAGGGGAUUCAAGGGAGACUCUGAUGAGAUGGAAGCAGCCAAGUAUUUGUUAGAGAAGGGUAAAGUUCUGAAUAAGGUGACUAUUUAUGCUGGUGAUUUGCUGUGUAGAAGAGAGGAGUUAGACAAGGAACUUGAGUUGAUUCAAAGGGGUUCGAGGACUUGUCGAGUUGAAUUUUUCUGA